AUACGAAUCAUUCUUCUCUCUAUAACUAAAUUUUUCCCUAAAAUUGUGAUUUUUUUUACAUUGUGAAUUUUAUACUUUCCCCUCCCCCCCCACAUUUUAUUAAGUGUUUUUCUUGACACAUCGAAAAGUAGACAAAAAAAAUGUUCGCAAGCGGACCAAAUUACACGAAAUUAAAGACAAAUUUGAGGUUAGCAAUUAAUAGAUUAAAAUUACUUGAAAAGAAAAAAACUGAAUUAGCACAAAAAGCAAGAAAAGAAAUUGCUGAUUAUAUAGCAGCGGGAAAAGUUGAGAGAGCAAGAAUUCGAGUUGAACAUAUUAUACGUGAAGAUUAUGUUGUUGAGGCAUUUGAAUUAAUGGAAAUGUAUUGCGAUUUAUUGUUGGCGAGAUUUGGCUUAAUUCAACAAAUGAAAAAUUUAGAUGAUGGCCUAGCGGAGGCAAUAUCGACAAUAAUUUGGGCAGCGCCACGAAUACAAACUGACAUACAAGAAAUGAAAGUAAUUGCCGAUAUUUUAACAACAAAAUAUGGUAAACAAUAUGCAGAUGCAUGUCGCGAGGAAGUGAUAAAAACAAUAUCGGAAAAAUUAAAACACAAAUUAAAUGUACAAUCACCGCCAAAGAUUUUAGUGGAAAAAUAUUUAAUUGAAAUUGCCAAUAAUUAUGACGUUGAAUAUGAACCCGAUCCACAAGUAAUGGCCGAAGGACAAGAUGCUUUACUCAUUGAUAUUGGCGCUGGUGGUGGUGGACAAAAUAAUUUAGACCUAGCAACUGGUGGUGGCGGUGGAUUACCUCAACCUGUGGGUUUUAUUGGCUUUCCACAGGCACCACUUUUACCCGGUGUUAAAUUAACAUCGCCUGGCGAUGCUCCAAUUGGAUUUUAUCCCCCGGGACCAUCAAAUUACAACGAAAAGGAUAAAAAUUCCCCCUUCAGUCCAACUUCAAUGUCUUAUAAUAUUCCACUGGACAAUGAUAAUUCAAAUAGACCUGACGAAGACUUGCCCCCUCCAUACGGAUCAUUUCCUCCCGAUUUAAAUAAACAAUCGGAUCAAAAACCGAAACCACAACCAAGAUCAAAAAUGCCAACGGGCAAUUUUAAUCUUCCCGAUUUGCCUCCAGUUCCUACGGGCAGUGAUACGCCAACAGGAACGGAAAACAAUGAGGACAUUGAUUUUGAUGAUUUAAUGAAACGUUUUGAAGAUUUAAAAAAGAAGAAGUAAAUUUUACGCGGAAAUUAUUUUUUUAAUUUUCCCUUUUUUUCUUAAUUAUCUAUGCGUAUUAUUUAAAAAAAAAAAAAACUUUGCUUCCGAAAUCCUUAUUUUUGUGAUUUCACACUAUUGUCGACUUUUUUAUUUUUAUUAGUCUAGACUAUAAAUAAAUAAAUAAAAAAAUAACAUUAAUUUAAAAGUGGAUGCUGUUAUAUGAAAAAUAUUUCACUUUCUUGGAGAAAGUUUAUAAAUAUAUUACGUUGAAUGCCUCAUCGCUUUUUGUAAAAAAGUAUUAAAUGUUAUUAAAUAUAUAUAUAUAUAAAAUAAUGUAUUUUUAUCUUGCACACUUU